CAAAUCAUCCGAAUCUUGUAAUCUCAUGCCUCUCUUACGCUUACCUUCUAUAUUCCCUGAAACCCCUACCUUCCAAACUCAAUAUUCUCCCCAAACUCAUCCCCUUAUCUCUCAUGUCCAACUCUCUAAAGCUGCCCUUUUCUGCGAAGCAAAUCCAUCGCCACCCACUGCUCUCUCUCACAUCCAGAGCUCUAUCGCUGCCUUCUACUACGAAGCAAAGCCCCUGCCAAACGACAGCAAUCGUUAAACGACAGCCACCGCUGCUGCACCCAGAAGUUGACCAGACGCCAUGUUCUAUAAUUUUGUCAAAGGAAUGCAUGAUAAACACCUCAGGGAUGCCACAUAAUGCUCUUGGAAGAAUAUAUUUAAGUUGGUUGAAGUCUUUGAGCUGA